CGUCCUGUCGCCAAGAGCCCGACGUAAGAAGUUACCUAAACGUAAAACGGGUCACUGUUGUUAUCUAAACAGCUCGGGGUACGAAAGACGUCCUGUACUGCGCAAAAUUCCCGUAGUUUUCAUCGCUAAAAGCCUUUAAAAUGUUCGCAGUCGCCAAAAAUUCCGUUCGCUUUUGCCAGGCUGCUGCUCGACGCCUUCAGUCAACUUUGGUUAUAGCCGAGCAUGACAAUAAUGCUCUGUCUCCUAUUACCCUCAGUGCAAUUACAGCUGCAAAGAAACUAGGUGGUGAAGUGUCAUGCUUGGUGGCUGGUAGCAAUUGUGCAAAUGUGGUAGGUGAAGUUUCAAAAGUUGCUGGAGUUAGCAAAGUUCUUGUUGCCGAGUCAGAUGCUUUCAUCGGUUUUCUCCCUGAGCGACUAGCUCCAUUGGUACUUGCUACUCAAAAGCAAUUCAGCUACACACACAUUGUGGCUGGUGCAUCUGCAACAGGGAAAAAUGUACUGCCCAGAGUUGCUGCGAAGUUAGACGUUGCUCCAAUCAGUGAUGUUAUUGAAAUUAAAGAUGCAGAUACCUUUGUUCGCUCAGUUUACGCUGGCAAUGCUAUCCUUACAUUGAAGAGUAAGGAUGCCGUGAAGGUAAUAACAGUCCGUGGCACCAGCUUUGAGGCAGCUGCAGCAGAAGGUGGCAGUGCCUCAAGCGCCGCUGUAGCUGCUGGUGACAUUCCCCUCGAUGUCUCAAGCUUCAUUGGUCAGGAAUUAUCAAAGUCAGACCGCCCUGAGUUGACUGCUGCAAAGAGUGUUGUGAGUGGAGGCAGAGGAAUGAAGAGUGGAGAUAACUUCCAGCUCUUGUAUACACUGGCUGACAAACUCAAUGCAGCUGUUGGAGCUUCCCGUGCUGCUGUAGAUGCUGGAUUUGUCCCAAAUGACAUGCAGGUUGGGCAGACUGGAAAGAUCGUGGCUCCAGAGCUGUAUAUCGCUGUUGGAAUUAGUGGAGCAAUUCAACAUUUAGCUGGAAUGAAGGACUCCAAGACCAUUGUAGCCAUUAAUAAGGAUCCAGAAGCACCAAUUUUCCAGGUUGCAGAUUUUGGACUUGUGGCAGACCUCUUCAAAGCCAUACCAGAGAUGAAUGAUAAGCUCUAAAGUUGUAGGGUUUUCCUUCACUUCAUGCCAUACAAUGCAAUCAUUCUUAUGGAUGUAGUUUAAGAGUUUGUAAAAAACCACUAGAUUUCUUUUAAUAUUGUGCAUUAUGGAAAAUAAAUAUAGUAUUUAAAAAUUUUGGCCAUGGCCUCAGAUAUUUAGAAUAUUAUUUUCUAUUUUAGUGUUUAUAGUCGUUUAAUAAAACUGGGAUUCUU